CAUCCCAGGACCCUGAGCUGACACCCAACUGACUGAGCCACGCAGGUGCCCCUAACCUGUACACCUUUUCUAACCUGUUCAUCCUCACUGAUCCCAAAGCCAGGAAGUAAGGUGUGGUUUGGAUGGUGCAGGUCAUUUUCAAUCCUGAAAGCUGUGAAUGAAGGGAGGAGAAUGUGUUCAGGGCAGGACUGAGCAGCCCAGUCUCAGGUGCCGAACAGCUUCCCCAAAUUGGAGGACUGGCCAGAGAGCUGUCUGAUGAAGUUUCUGCAUUUCCUGGGGAUUAGGGGAAGAGUUUCAAUUUAUCUAAAAUCCUUUUGUAAUUGGGUGUGUUUAUAUGUUAGGAGGUAUUAAGUAAAAUGGAAUGGAGAAACAAAACAUUUAAUUUCUUACGUAGUAACACUAAAGCAUGCUUGCUCUCACAGGGUCUCUUUUUCCUUCCCAGUUCUGGAUUCUCUUGUUUUUCUCUAGUAGAGAAACCCCAAGGAAGACUGAUCAGUUUUUGCAGAUAUCAAACCAUGACAUAUCUCUGGAGUCUCUGGAAUUUGAAUUGUUUUCAAUGGAGGAACACCAAGGAGCACUGAUCAGGUCUUACAUUUCUAAAACCAUGACCUGUUUUCAGGAAUUAGUGACAUUCAGGGAUGUGGCCAUAGACUUCUCUCGGCAGGAGUGGGAAUACCUGGACCCUAUUCAGAGGGACUUGUACAGGGAUGUGAUGUUGGAGAACUAUAGAAACUUGGUCUCAUUGGGACAUUCCAUUUCUAAGCCAGAUGUGGUUGACUUAUUGGAGCAAGGAAAAGAGCCCUGGAUGAUUUUGAGGGAAGAAACACAAGGAGAGUAUACAGAUUUGGAUUUACAUUGUGAGGUGAUCAGCUAUGUAGAAAUGCCCACUUAUGAGAAAGAUAUAUCUUCUACACAACAUCAGAGCACAUACAACAGCGAGAAACUCUAUGAAUGUAAGAAAUGUCAGAAGAAAUUUAGUAGUGGCUAUCAAUUUUUUCUACAUCACAGGUUUCAUAUUGGUGGAAGGCCUUAUGAAUGCAAGGACUGUGGGAAGAACUUUCGUAGUGGCUAUCAACUUACCCUACAUCAGAGAUUUCAUACUGGUGAGAAACCCUAUGAAUGUACAGAAUGCGGGAAGAACUUUAAAAGUGGUUAUCAACUUACUGUACAUCAGAGAUUUCAUACUGGUGAGAAAACCUAUGAAUGUAGUGAAUGUGGGAAGGCCUUUAUUUAUGCCUCACACAUUGUGCAGCAUGAGAGAAUCCACACUGGUGGGAGGCCUUAUGAAUGUCAGGAAUGUGGGAAGGCCUUUAGUCAAGGUGGACACCUUAGAAUUCAUCAAAGAAUUCAUACCGGUGAGAAACCCUAUAAAUGUCAAGAAUGUGGGAAGGCUUUUAGUAGGCGCUCAAACCUUGUUGAACAUGGGCAAAUCCAUACUGAUGAGAAACCUUAUGUAUGUGAGAAAUGUGGGAAGGCCUUUAAAAGAUGUCACCAACUUACUGUACAUCAGAGUGUUCAUACUGGUAAAAAACCAUAUGAAUGUAAAGAAUGUGGGAAGGGCUAUACCACUGCUUCAUACCUUAUUCUACAUCAGAGAAUUCAUAAAGGUGGGAAACCAUAUGAAUGUAAGGAAUGUAAGAAAACCUUUACCUUGUAUAGAAAUCUGACUCGACAUCAGCGUAUUCACACUGGUGAGAAACUUUUUGAAUGUAGGCAGUGUGGGAAGGUCUAUACUACUGGCUCAAAACUUUUUCAACAUCAGAAAACUCACACUGGUGAGAAGCCCUAUGAAUGUAAGGAAUGUGGAAAGGCUUUUAGCUUAUAUGGAUACCUUCAUCAACAUCAGAAAAUUCAUACUGGUGUGAAACACUUUGAAUGUAAGGAGUGUAAAAAAACCUUUACUUUGUAUAGAAAUCUUAUUCGACAUCAGAGUAUUCAUACUGGUAAGAAACUUUUUGAAUGUAAAGAAUGUGGGAAGGCCUAUAGUACUGCCUCAAACCUUGUUCAACAUCAGAAAACUCAUACUGGGGAGAAACCCUAUGAAUGUAAAGAGUGUGGAAAGACCUUUAGCUUGCAUGGAUAUCUUAGUCAACAUCAGAAAAUCCAUACUGGUGUGAAACCCUAUGAGUGUAAGAUAUGUAGGAAAACCUUUACUUUCUAUAGAAACCUUACCCUACACCAGAGUAUUCAUACUGACGAGAAACCUUUUAAAUGUAAGGAAUGUGGGAAGACGUUUAGACGUAGUUCACACCUUACCGCACAUCAGAGUAUUCAUGCUGAUAAGAAACCCUAUGAAUGUAAGAAAUGUGGGAAGUCCUUUAAAAUGUAUGGAUAUCUUACGCAACAUCAGAAAAUUCAUACUGGUGGGAAACCCUAUGACUGUAAGGAAUGUGGGAAGGCCUUUAGUCGUGCUUCAAACCUUGUUCAACAUGAGAGAAUUCAUACUGGUGAAAAACCCUAUGUGUGUAAGAAGUGUGGGAAAGCCUUCAGAUAUGGUUCAGCCCUUAAAGCACAUGAGGGAAUGCAUACAGAUAUGAAAUUCUAAGAACAUAGGAAUGUGACAGUGCCUUUAGGCACGGCCUAGGCUUUUUUAACACCAGGUGAGAGAAUUCAUAAUGUAGUUCUUACCACUUUAUAAAGAUCUCAGUGUCACUCCCGUUUUAAUGGAAUGUUUGACUUUAAACAAUAGCAAAUUAAACCCAGAGUAGCCAAAGCAAUCUUGAAAAAGAAGAAUAAAACUGGAAGUAUCACGAUCCCAGACUUCAAGAUAUACUACAAAGCUGUAGUAAUCAAAGCAGUGUGGUACUGGCAUAAAAAUAG